UACAUUCAGUCGGUGUCCAUACCCCAUUCUAAUGUAUAGAGUAGUGACAAAGCUUGUGAAAACAUUGCGAAAGGCAGGGGUCGUGGAUUCGGGACAGUACUGGAAAUCUAAUCCCCACGUGCUAUGAGUCGAGGUUGGUUUCAAUCAAUACGUCCAUAGAGGAAUUAGCAGUGACUAUAGUACCCCAGUUGUCUGACUCUGGACCUAAAUAGCGGACCGACGGCCAGGUAUAUAACAGGAAGCUGAAGUUUCGUUUUGACGCAGAAGAAACAGUCGGAUUUGACAUAUUACCAAUUUCUGGAAACUGACAGGUAUCCGGGAAAGGAGUAGUUUAAAACCAGAAAAGGCUGUAUUCUAUAUGCCCAGGAGCUAUGAUUAUCGUUUGUGACAUUAGAAAACAAUAGCAAACGUGUCUAAUUAAGUGAAGAGGCGUGGUUAACACCACACGACCAGGAACAGCUGAACAAUGACCGAUGAAAUUUGUAGAAGACUCUAAUCUAUAAUCCCUGUGUCAAUAACACACGCUCUGGAGCAAUCUGUGUGCUGACGAUUUGUACAAGGUGGUAGAAAUCGCUGGACACGCCGCUGCUUAAAACCAGUAUUACUCCCAGAGAUAGUAGGAGACAUCAGCCGUGUCGCGGACAGAGUUGGAGACAUUUGUGGAAGUGACAGCGCUCGUAGAUCUCAGCAGGCACGGGAAACCGCUAUAUACUCUCUGUCGUCUGCUUUUUUGGAUUUCAAAGAGAAUGUGCUCUACUUAAUCACUGAGACAAUCUCGUUUUCGUCUGACAAGGCACAGCGCAUUACAAAUCACACGUAAUGCUUUCCUUGUGACUUCUGGAACUCCAGGCUUUUAGAAGGAUUUACGAUAAGUAUAUUAUCAGGCAGCACCGACAUUGUGUGUAGAUUGCUGACAACAGAAUAUUGUCUCCCUGGAAACAGCACGCGGCACGAUUUCCGUGAAAACCCUGCUACACAUUCCGGAUUCCGGAACAUGGAAACCUAGGAGAGUGAAUAUUGGUCUGGUUAAUCAGCCUGGAACACUAGUGUGCGAUAUUGAAACUACACUUACAACCCGUAUUAAGGGUUACAAGGGGGAAUUCCUGUCCAGGAGGCGGAAACUGAACACCACUCCCAAAUUAUGAUUUAUUUAGCGGAGUUUAUCACAUAUGCCUCGCUAAAAAGCCAGUCUAUCCUUCUUUGAGACAAAUUCUACGAAAUUUCUUCGAAAUUGCGAUAUCGAUUGUAUAAAGAUCGCCAUUGAAAAAUAAUAUGGAACUAAAGAGGAACGGUUUUAAUUAUUGGUGAUUGCAUGUUUCUCAACGUUUUAUCGAAAUUCACAGAAACUCGAGAUAAAUUGAGAAGGUCACAUUAAUUAUGACAAGUCGCAGCACCUUUCAGUGUUAAAGGAUUUCCAUUACUGCCCGGUGGAAUAGCUAGGCUGACCAUUAAUGACGGCGAGGUCCAGCAGUGUUCCACACUGGAUUUAACCCUAGUUUGAUUAGAUCCCAGAUGAGACCUGGAUUUAUUCUGAUUGCCAUUAGACAAGUGUUUAUUUUCUCGGCUUACACUCUUCGUGCACCAGUGGAUCUAGCAGUGGUAUAAAACACCGGAGGGACCUUGAUUGAAAUAUUUUCUGCAGUGGAGCCUCAAGUUUCAUCAAAUUUUCUUGACAGGUACUACAUCAUUUCCACGUCAUAAUCUACAAAUAAGUGUGAUUCAGCUCGCUAACGAUUGGAGCGAUAAUAUCGGUUCUCCAGUUAUCGGUAGGUUAUCCAACGGGGUUAAAAAUAAACGUCAGAUUGCUAUCAUUCUUCUCUGUAAAGCACGCAAUAUUGAUUAUAAAAUUGACAUAUUGGUCAUUACCAAUAGAGGGCGCUACACUUGCCGCAUCCGGUCAACGGUUAAACCAUCUGCAGGCAAUGGCAAUAUUACACAAUUUCGUGAUAAAUAAAUGAACAGGCAUUUAUCACUUUGAAUAAACAUCAUUCGGGUAUUUACCGAAAGGUCAUACCAUUGUUGUUUCGACAUUCCUGAUAAGAAAUUAAAGACCUGCUGUUUCACUUCUUUGGCGACUGAUCUUUGUGGUCUGUAUUCUGUCUGGAGAAUCUAGACUGGCCGUAAAAGGGCACCGGUAUCUACAUACUUCGAUAAACCAAUUCUGUGGCCUGUUCUUGUGGAAGCUAUUGGCGUAAAAUCUGCCAAUUCACUUUAGUUGUAUUGUUGUUGAGAACGAGUCUACCUUGCCAGUCUCAAUACUUGAUUAUCUCGUGUUCGCUUCCCUCAUCUGUAUUGUUCAAUACUCGGAACCAGUGUUACUGAAUCUCUUGGGGGAUACAUUUUGCAGAUAGAUCGGCGUCUCUGUGUGAAUUGAACUCAAGUAAUUGUCAGUGUACACUUCAAUUGGAUUUUAUCAGAACUAUUGAACACAGAAACCUAAGCGCCACCUUGCGGCCAAAAUGACAGAAUCAGCACGAGAGAACUCGUACAUCCUGGAGAAGAGUCAGACCAUGUCUGACUUCUCGGAGACCAGUAGUAUGGGUGACACACGCCAGUUGGUCGAGGAAAAGGACGAUGGCCGUCUCCGUAGUAAUAUUCCGAUGACAAGCUUCAAUUUUAUCAACUCUAUCAUCGGCUCUGGUGUCAUAGGUAUACCAUUCGCACUGAAGCAGGCGGGAUUUGUUUUUGGGAUUUUCCUGUUAAUGUUAGUAGCUCUCAUAACAGAUUAUUCAGUGAUAAUUCUAAUCGAGGCGGGGAAAUUAUCAAACACAAAUAGUUACCAGGACAUGAUCUUAGUGGCGUGUGGACGACCGGGUUUCUACAUCCUGACCACCCUCCAGUUUCUUUAUCCACUUAUAGCAAUGAUAAGCUAUCAAGUCAUCAUAGGAGACACCAUUACCAAAGUUAUAAUUAGUUUAGGUGGAGAAGGACCUCACACGUUAGGGGAUACGAUUCUUGCCAACAGACAAUUUAUAAUAUUCCUGGCGACUCUACUCGUCACUUUACCUUUGUCGUUAUAUCGAGAUAUAGCAAAACUCAGUAAAUGGGCGUUUCUGUCUCUAGUACUGGUGCUCUUUAUCCUAAUAUGCAUCUGUAUCCGACUCGGGACCUUUGCUCACAACAUUCCCCCCACAGAGGAUGCCUGGAGAGUUGUGUCGCCUAACGUAGCCCAGGCGAUCGGCAUCAUGGCUUUCGCUUAUAUGUGCCAUCACAACACAUUCCUGAUCCACGGUUCACUGGAGAAUCCGACCAAUCAGAGAUGGAAUUUUGUCACACACGUCAGUAUCUUCUUCUCCAUGCUCACACUCAUAGUCGUCGGAAUCAUAGGCUAUGUGUCCUUCACUGGACUCACACAGGGUGACCUCCUGGAGAACUAUUGUCACGAGGACGAUCUGAUGAACGUGGCCCGAUUUGCGUUCGCCUGCACUAUAAUGUUGACCUACCCAGUGGAGUGUUUCGUCACAAGGGAGGUGCUGUCAAACGCCCUAUUCCCAACUAUGACAGAAGAGUUGCCGUUAUCACGUCAUAUAGGUAUCACGGUGGGCGUGUCUAUCAUCACCGUCAUCGUCUCCAUGGCAACAGAUUGUCUAGGAAUAGUAUUUACAGUAAAUGGAGUGCUGGUAGCCUGUCCCUUGGCUUUUAUAAUCCCGCCGGUGUGUGUGAUGAAGCUUCGCCAGGAACCCCUCCUCAGCAAGAAUAACAUUGUAGCCAUCUUGGUGGCUAUAUUCGGAACUCUAGUCGUCAUUAUUGGUGUCGUGAUGGCAAUUCUGAACCUCUCGGAGGGCAUCCAGUGUAGCCAUGGUGUUGAGAUGGCCUAUUGUCAACAUCAGUCAAUAACACCCACCCCCUUUUCCAAUUUUACUACUCCAUCAACUAAUUUUUGGCUAACACCAUCUACGUAAAAAUGUUGAUCAAUAUGUAAUUUAAAUGUUUUAUUUUAUUCCAGUUUUUGACGUUCUUGUUAUUGCUGAAAUUUAAAUAUUUAUAUGAUUUAAUUUCACUUAGAAAUUAAGAUAUUUCUUGAAUGUAUAUAUAAUUUAAUUUCACUUCAGGUUUAAGAUAUUUAUUAAAUAUUUAUAUAAUUUAAUUUCACUUCAGGACGUAUUUCCGUCUCGGAUACCCACGGACGAUUGCACUACACUACAAUACAGAUAUUCAUGGGUCAGCUCAGUGAAAAGUCCUCGUUUCAAUAGGGGCUAUUUUUAUUUGUUCAUCACAUUUUCCUAUCGGAAUUUCAGCCAAUCAGAUUGAAGAUAUAUUAAACUAUAAGGGCUGCAUUAACAGAGGCGGCGAGUGGUUUCAAAAAACUGUCUAGAAAAUUCGAUAUCAGCGGCUUUAAAUUAGUUCAGCAUAAUAUCAUUGCUGUCCUGUUUAUCUGACAGUGAUGUCGUUCUAUCAAUCAAAACUGGGAAAAGUCUGUUGUCAGGAAUGCGCAUUUCAGCCAAUGUGGACAAUGUAAAAUCAUCUCGGAUAAGCUUAUUGACGCAAAUUUACACACUAAGCACACCUGGGCUGUUCAGACUGACAUUCCAAACACAUCGCCGUUAUAGGUAAUACUCGUUUAUACUCCUUUUUCCGAAUGGGUUAUGAUGGUUGAUUGCUAUUUAUAGAGUGACGUCAUUGAAGUGCAAUCGCGAGUAUCCAACGAUUCAGAAUUCUGAAUUCGAAGGGACGUAACUCUAAAUUACUUAGAGGUUUUUAAUUCUUGAUUCGAUAAUAUUAUAUAACACUGUUACAUAUUUAGACGUUCGUGUAGUGUUCAAUAUGGCCCUGCAAAGACAAACAAGUGCUAAAGGUUUAACGUUCGCCGUUCAAAAAAUGUGCGCGAUCUGGAAUUUGCUGUAAUACUCCAGUUUCACUCCACUAGUCACAGAGACCUGAGAAUUUGUAAAAAGUUAAGCAUAUCAAGAAAAAAAAACCGUAAUAAGCAAGUUCUCUCUGGGCUGUAUAUUAGACCAUUUUCUUAGGAAAUCUGUUUUACGUAUAACAUAAUGGGAGUUAAUCAGAUUUACUUCCCUUUAUAUACCAUACACAAUGUGGUUUACUGGUCACGAAUUCCAUUCAAAUGUUUCUAUGUUUUCUUAUCAAACUCGAUGCACGUUAUAAUUACAUUUUCAGAGCACAGAGCGUUCUUUUUUUGUCCGAUAUGCAUGAUUUUUAUUUUCUAGUAAGAGACUGCAAUAGGUUACAUACAUUUUUGAUUUUUUUUUGUCCUACAGUAUAUUAUCAUCUCGAGUAAUCCUUUAAUAAAAACUCAAGGAUUGUUCAAUAUUAAAUGUUUGGUGGAAAGUAGAAAUUAAAUUACUAAUCAGUCAAUUAAAACCAACUUCGACUUCAUAAGCAUUGAUGACUGUUGUCCGGAUCUAAUCAGAUAACAUGUAAUGAAUGAUUUUAGUAACGGAAGCAGAAACUAAAAAAUAACAAAUUGUAUGGUUUUAAUUCACAUUCGUAGAUAAAUGUGUGAUUAUCACUAGGGUAGUCACUGUAUUGUAGUUUACAUGUCAGCUUCAUAUGUGAUAAAAUAUCAAAUCAGUUAUAUUAUUAACUUUGAAAUGCCUCUAUAGAUUAAAUAUAUAUAUAUAUAUAUUUGAAUUAAAAUAAAAUGGUAUGAAAUAUA